UCCCCCCUUCCCUCCCCGAUCCCCCCCCUUCCCUCCCCGACCCCUCCGCCAUGGACCCCGUUCCCGGCGCUGUGGACCUCCGGCGCAGAGCCUUGGAGGAAGACAAGCUUCCUUUCGGUGGUAAAGCAGAGGUGUUUCCACUUCUGAAAGACCCUUCACAACAUGCCUUGAGCACAACAGUGAAGACUUCUCUUAAAAUGAGAACCCAAGGACUAGGACUAAUUAUCUUCCAACAUGGGCCCUAUCUCCAGAUAUCCAGUCUUGUGGAGAAAGGAACAGCUGCCAAGGAUGGAAGACUAAAGCCAGGUGAUGUUCUGAUUUCAGUCGGCCAUUCAAAUGUGUUAGGAUACACACUUCGAGAGUUUUUACAGCUUUUGCACCAUAUCCCCAUAGGUGCAAUACUCCAAAUCAGAGUUUACCGAGAUUUUAUUGACAUACCACCAGAAUGGCAAAACAUAGAUGACUUAAUCCCUGAGACUAAGCCUGCAGUAGUAAUAGCUCACACAUCAAGGAAAUAUGAGCAGGAGGAAGAUACAUCUUCCUCUAGUAGUGAGGAUGAUGAAGAUGUACAGUUAGAUGAACGAUUUAAAUACUAUAAGUCUCCACAAUCAUUUCGGCAUCAUUCUCCAGGGAAGCUGUCAUCAAUCUCCACAGAGUGGCAUGGAUAUAAAAAAAAGAAUCAUAUAUUUACUGUAGGAGAAGACAUUGGAUGUGAUGUUAUGAUUCAUAAGAACUCUGAUGAACAGAAUAUGAAUGUUCCAAAAGACUUUAGAGCACCUUCCCCAUACUGGACAAUGGUAAAACAAGACAGUGACCUUUCUUCUACUUCCUCUUCUACAUCAGAUGCUUUUUGGCUUGAAGAUUGUGCCUAUGUUCAGCAGGAAAAGGACCGAUAUUUUACUGCAUAGGAAGUUGAUUUAAUUCAGGAUCAGAUGUUUAAUUUUCCAUGCCAUUGAAGUGCUAAAUGUUUAAUUUUAGCACAUUAUUAUAUAUAGAUUUAUUUUAUAAAGGGAUGCAUUCCUCCCAGCUGAGUGUGCAGAAAGUAGUUGUAAUCCAGAAGCCUUCGUGAUUUUUUUAGGUGGUAUCGAAACAUAACUAGCUUUUCCAUUCCCAAAAGAGCAACACAAUCCAGAAUACUAUGUGUACUUUGAUCCCAUCCUAGAGAGAAGGAAUCAGUGCAUAUGAAUAUGAUGCUAUGGGAUUUCAGUGGUAGAAUGAAUUGUGAGGAUAUCAAAACAUUGAUCUUCAAUCUCUUAAGGUAAAAGGAAUAGACUUUGGCUCAGGUCAAUGUAUAUAGAAUAUAAUUACCCCACACUUUGAUAUAUAAAACAGAUAACUUCUAGGAUGAUCAUUUACUCAUUUCUAAGAAAGUUAUUACUUUCAAAAGGGUUCUCUUAGAUUGUAUGAUCUACCGUAUUUAAGUGUUGGUUUAUGGAUUACUCCUUCAGAGAGUAGACCUGGUGAAAGCUGAAAAUGAGCUGUAACCUAAAUUGUUUAGAAAACAAGACUUUGAUUUACAUUCAGUUUAUGCAAUCUUUCUUAAAUGUACCUACCAUGGAGAAAUCCAAUCAUUUAAUUUUACCUAAAUGAUAACUACUACCUCUAUGAAUUAUUUAAGUUAUCAUUGGUCAUUCUAGUAAUUCUGAAAUAUUGAAUUGACUAUAUCCAGUUAGCUCUACCAAAUUUUUUUCAAAAAUAUAUAUUUUUUAUCAGUUAUUUCCCCCAUCCUCAUUUCUUUUGAGAAAGAAAAAACAGUGUUAUCUGACAGCACAUUCAGUGUUCUGAGCUAAGUAGUCCUCUAACUCCUUGCCAUGGUGGUGGAGAGUGAGGGAAAUUUUGUUUCAUUAUUUCUUUUCUGGAAGUUUCAUUGAUAUUUUAGUAACUUAAAGUUCAACUAUAUAGUUUUCUUGGUUCUGCUUUUUCAUAUACAUCUCUGGUUUCUGAUUUUCUCAUUUGUUAUUUUUUACUGCACAAUUAUUUCUUUAAUUUUUCAGCCAUUCUUCCAACACCAGCUUUGUUUCCAGUUCUUUGGUACUACAAAAACCCCUUUGUUUCUGUGACCAUUUACUUUAGGGAGUUUUCCAAAUUGAAAGUCACAAUGACUGAGCUACUUCACAGCUCCACCAAGUGUAUCAGAUUGUACCUAUUUUAUCUUCACUCUUUCCACCUUUGCCAGUCUGUAUGGUGCAAGGAGAAACAAUUGUCAUAUUUUCUUAUGAUAAUUUAUGGUUUGCACUUAAAGAUACUUGAAUUAGUUAUCUUUUUAAAUGGUGUAACCUUUUAUAUUAAGGGAAGGAGUAAAAUGUUGGACUAAAUCUAAUUCCUUUCCUAUUACUUUCUAGUUUUCUUGACAGUCCUUGUAUAAUAAAUAUAAUAAAGGAGUCCUUUAAACAGUAAUUUAUAUUCAUGGGUUCACUGAAUAGGGGGGCUGCUAUUUUUAUUCCUGUUUUUUGCUUAUCUAAUAAUCUGUUUCACUGAUCUACUUUUGUUUUUAUGAACAGUGCCUGAUAGUCUGAAAUCUGAGUAACCUUUAUGUAAAUUUAUUAUGCACUUUUACUCAAGCAAAAAAUAACUAACCUUCCCUACCCCUCCUUAGCAUACAAUGGAGUAGGUAUUCAAUAAACACUUAACAGACUAAGAAAAAUUCAGGAAAAAAAUUAGCAAAAGCAUUUUAAAUAAAAUGUUUUAUUGGCUUUACAUCAGACCAGGUGAAAUUUGUCUACAUUUCUGUUUUGCCAUUUUUCAGUUCAGAAAUAAAAAGAUGGAAGUGUUAAUAAAUUCUGAUCUUUCACCAAGCGCUAUUCUGUCAGUUUGUGUCGAGAAAGUUUUUUUUUCUUCCAUUAUAGGUGCUUCAUUUUUCUAAUUCAUCAAGGAAUGGGGUAUUGG